AUGACGAUCACAGCCCCGCACGGUGAUCCUGCCGGCAGAUCCGUCACGCGGCCGACGAUUUACGAUGGCGAAGGCAUGAAAUCGACGUUUCGAGAUCGGUCAAGGUCGCCGGCGAGAGGAGCCAAAGAACUGACAGCGCAAGGAGCAGAAGAGAAGAUGGAGGCGUCGUGGUGGGGAGACAAGCACGUGGCUCGGCCUUGGCAAGAUGCCCCGAAAAGGAAGCAGACGGUGCCCGCAGAACAGACUCAGGCGCUUGAGACUACGAGGCAGAAAGUGGCGAAGGCCGUCGUUUCUGCGUUGGGUACAGGCGCGGAUAUUGUACACGAAGCUCUCUUCCUCGGCGUCGAACUACUCGAUUUUGCCCCUAUUCCUGGUUUGCAAGCCGCUGCGAGAACCAUCCUCAAUAUUUGGGAUGCGGCCCAACAAGUUGAUAUGAACCGUCUAGGAUGUCUUCGGUUGACUGAACGCUGCGCCGAUAUCCUUAUUUCUAUCCGCGAGGAAGUUCACGAAGCUGGCGACGUUCUUGGUGAGGAACUAGCUGACCCCAUCGCGAAGCUGGAGGAAUCGUACAUCCAAGUCUUGCGGUUUAUGCAGAAGCAGACAAAUCGACCAUGGUUGAAGAGAUACCUCAAGCGUGACGAAAUCCUGAGGGAUAUUGCGGGAUGCGACAGCUCUCUUCGUGAUGCGCUUGCCCUGUUCAAUACUAAAAUUCAAAUUCGUAUCUUGAAAGAGGCGCGCGAAGCUGAGAAGCGCCGUGAAGCAGACGCCAGGGCCAUUCUCGAUGCCAUAUUGGGUGUUCAAGCCGCUGACGCGAAAACCAUCGUUGGUACGCCACACGAGCCCCUCUCCGAUUCACCGUACUUGGUGUCGACGGAGUAUUCGACGGAAGUCGUUACGGAUAUCGCGACAAGCAACAACGCUCUUGGCCUCAUCCACGACAGUGGCGCCGGCCCCUCAAGGCUUUCGUCGACGGAUGUCGUCCUUCCUGAUAUCGAGGCUCUUCAGACUGUUCAGAACACGUUUGACAACGCACGGGAUCUCGCUGACCUGCGCCAGCUUAUGCGUGCCGCCCUCCAGACGAGCAGCGAUGCGGAAAUGGUCGAGGUGCUUCAAGUCAAGCGCCAGGAGAUGCCAGAAGCGAUCAAGACGCUCCAGCGCGCUCAUGAGCGGCUCGCAGAGAAAGAGUCAGAGGGGUCCGAUACCUCGUCACAAGGCAAGACGGUUCUUCAGGGAAGAGUCGUCAAGAGGAUUAGUAUCAAGGAGGUGGAUACGCCUCAGGGCGGCCUCCAACGGUCCGCCACAGUUGUGAGCAUCGAGAGCGCGACCAGCUCCAGCUCCAGCGCUGGAGGGAGCAGCAGCAGCUGGAGGAGGGACACCCUCGAUCGCGAGUUUAUUGAGAACGGAAUAGAUGCUCUGAGGAGGAUGAGCCGCGGGUACGAAGCGUCACUUCCGAGCUGGACCAUCACAAAGUACGAAGUGGAUCGCGACGAGAAAAUCGGUAUCGGCUUCUUCUCCGACGUUUACAAGGGUACCUGGAGGGGUCGCACCGUAGCCAUCAAAGUUCUAGCAGAGUCAACGCCGCGCAAACUAUUUGUGCGCGAAAUGGGGAUCUGGAAGACUCUCCGUCAUGCGAACGUUCUUCCGCUCUACGGAGCGAGCAGCGCGACCGGAGACCCACCCUGGUUCUUUGUUAGCCCAUAUCUAAAGAACGGAAGCCUAGUCGAACACUUGAAGCGCGUUCUCCUUGAAAAAUCCCCGCCCGGACUUGGGCUACGAACUCCACCAACCCAGAUUCCCCCUCCGCCGCUUCGAGGCGCGGGUGGUCGAGCGCUGAGCCUGCCAGCAGCACAAUGGAAGAGCAUUCAGGGACUCAGCCCAGUUCGCAGUAGCAUACCGUCUCCUCCUGGAUCAUCGAGAGGGAAAUCCCCUCCUCACGAUUCGGCGGAUGUCCAACGCGAAUGGGAUCUUUUCCGUUUUAUGCACGAGAUCGCCAAGGGAAUGGCCUACCUACACGGUCAGGGGGUUCUGCAUGGUGACCUCAAGGCCGCAAACGUUCUUGUGGACGACAAGUACCGCUGCAUUAUUUCUGACUUUGGGCAAAGCGAGAUGAAGUCAGAGGCCUACAGAAUAAGCGGCUCAUUCCCAGCGCGUGGCACUCUUCGCUGGCAACCUCCCGAAAUGCUUUCUGGUGAAAGCCAAUUGACCGCCCCGGCUGACGUAUGGGCAUUCUCAAUUUGUUGCGUUGAGAUUUUGACCAUGGGCGACAUCCCUUGGCCGAACUUAGACGACGAUUCAGUCCGCCAUUUUCUCCUCAAGGACAAUAGUCGACCCCCAGUUCCUAGAAACUCCCGCUUCAAUAUCCCUGCGGUGCAAGAGCUCCUUCGAACUUGUUGGGAUGAGAACCCCGAAAAGAGGCCAACGUUUACAAAGAUCGCGCGCGACUUGAGGCUCGUUCGAAAGAGCUUUGGACACGAAGUCGACUCUCCUCACCUCCCACCUAUUGUAGACCUCCCAGAGCACAAAUCUUCACCUUCGCCAGACAUGAGACCGAGCGAUCUUCCACAGUUCCUUCAAGGUGUGCUAGGUCCCGCUCCCGACGACGUCUUAGUUGGUUCCUUCGGAUCGCAUUCGACAUACCAAACGGCCAGAGACUCCGUUUCACCACAACCACACCAACAUGAGGAGGCGUCCCAUCCAGAAAGUACGGUCGCCACCGAGGAUAUCAAGAUGCCGGAACCAGUUUUCUUUACGCCUGCCUCAUCCAGUAGGAGCUCCUCUAUCUCUAUUCCUGCUGCACACGGAGAUGGGCGCAUUAACCUCGUUGAUCUGGAUGGAUACGAAUCCCCCCCGCCGAUUGACGAAAGGUUAACCCAGACACAGAAUGAACGACGGUAUCGACUACUCCUCACUCACGAAUAUCAUCCGUCACUCGUUCUCCCACUAUGGGAACCAACUCCUGUUGAACUCGGCGCUGUUGGGUAUCUAUGGAAGCCUCGCGGUGAAUUUGUCACUCUUUUCAAUGCGAACCGCCCUCAAGACUCUGAGCAUCCUGGAAUACGACGUCUUCCUCGAAUUGAUGGCUAUGGACGCCCAACCAUUAAUUCCCAGCGCCAUGACAGAAGGACGGUAGCUCAAAAAGCUAUGGACAUGCUCUACAAUGCCGGUCGUCUGACUUUCUUGAAUUCUUCGAGUGAAAACAUCUCAAGGCGGUAUUCCUACUCCUUGAAGUCCGGUCAUAAGGCCGCAUAUUUGUGCACUGAGACCACAGAGUAUCGAUACAUGGAGACUCUGGAUGCUCCAAGAAUGUGGUUCCAACUGAACGUCGAUGCCAUUCUUGCAGUUUACGGUCGCCAGUACCAAAUCCAGAGAGAAGAUAUCAUGCUUGUUAUCGGAACAUUGCGAGCGCCGAAUCAUGCAUUGUUCGUCAGCCAUAGCCAUCCAGAGGGACACGCCCAUUUCAACGUGUACUCAAAUCCACAUCCAAGACAGCCUUGGGGGUUGUUCACUACCGAUACCGACAUAUCUCGUGAAUUAGGGCCUUCCUACGAGUCGGAGGAUUCUUCAGAACCAGCUCGCCGCUCCGCAUCCAAAGUAUCUAAUUAUGGUGGGCAGUGGGACGCUGUUCUACUGGCUCGCCUUCGAUUCAAACCCGAUUCUUUGGAACCCACAUCCAAGUGA